CCGGUACAGCUUAGCGGACUCGGUUAGGUUGCAUUGCGUGAACCAAAACACUAAGCUAGCAAGCUGGGCGGUUUUUUUGGUUUUUUUUUGAAACUUUUGUGGAGUUUCGAUGAGGAAUAUUAUUAUUGCACAGAAGAGGAUGAAAUAAUUACAGCCUGGAAGCCGAUAUACAGACGGUUUGUUUUGUUGGAGCAAACUAAUAUCUGGAUUAUAUGUCUAUACGUUGGAAACUACGAAGUUAUGGAGACGUGUCUGUGGUGUACAUCAGCAGCUGAAAGUGACGUGGCGGUCACAGCGGUUCUAAAGCGCUACUGCAGCAAUGAUAUGACGCCGCAGGAAAUGCUGGAUGCUAAUACUGACUUCAUAUAUUGCAUGGAGUGUGUGGUGGCGUACCACCGGGCAAGAGAGAGGGUCCCUGCACUGCACAAGCGUCUCUGGGAACUGGAGACAGCUCGGCUGCUUGAAGUUUUCCGGGAAACGUUGGCGAAUCCAGAGGACUGUGACCUGUACUUUGUCGACGACGGUAAUGAGCAGCCCGUUCCCAAGAUUUCCCCUGAAGAAUUUAACAUUCGGAUGAGCUUCCCACUCCUAGAAGUGCUGAAAUACCCUUAUCUGCUGUGCCACCGGGAGCUCUGUGAAAUGGCAGUGAGUGUGUUAUGCAAAAUGGAGGCUACGCCAUACCCUUUGGCAGUACAUGAACAGUGUCAGGGAAUAUACCUGCUCAUGGUGCAUCCAACCGAAAUGGUGCGUCGCUGGGCAAUAGCCACUGCCAAGUCGUUGGGCAGAGUGGACCGAGAUAACUAUUAUUAUCUUCAGGAGGUCUUCACUUGCAUGUUCUAUGUCAUUGAUUUAGGAAUCACUGUGGACUUGGAUAUAAACAUGGAUGACUCGUACUGCUCUGGCAAGCUCCAGAUGCUACCUCCACAUCUGUAUGACUCCAAAAAUAAGAAGAAUUACUGGCUAGGUAUCUGCAUGUUGCUGAUGCAGCUGGACUCGCAGGCCAUGGACUCUUUGUUAAUGGGGCCAGAAGGGCAGGCCAGCAUUCCCCUGUGCAUUAUCAAUACCAUGAGUGACUGUCAUAAAGAUGUCGACCAGGGAUCAGAUCCCUUCUGGCCUGCUUUGCACUGUUUCUUGGUCAUUCUAGACCGACUGGGCUCAAAAAUCUGGGGUCAAAUCGAACCACUCGAAGCUUUCCAAGCCAUCACUAAAGCAGGCAGCUACAUAAAUGAAAUUGAAGAUAUCCGACAGAAAACAGCAGGGACAAGAGUGAAAGUGGAACCUGAGAAUCAUGAUGUCCCAUUAUCCUGUAGUCAAAUUGUAUAUGGCUGUUAUUCUAUGGAGCAAACACGUAAAUCUUCAAACUGUUCAUCUGGCAGUAGUGACUCCAAUGGCAAUGCAAUUUUUGAAGAAAUAAGCUGCCUAGUUAAGGUCUUGCAGUCUGAAAUGGGCCAAGGCAUGCGUGUAUAUGGUAGCACCUUUCUUUGGUUCAUUCCCUUUGUUCGUUCCAUCAUGGAGCUGACUGUGCUUAAUAGCAUCUGUAUUGGGGAAGUUGUCCACUAUCUGGAUAACAAUGUCAACAAGGAUGUGCUGUCUGGACGGACACGCACCUGCGACAAAGUCACGGAGUUCUUUAUCCGCAUCCUUGUUGAUAUAAUUCAGCUGCACCUAAGUGAAGGCUGCAUGGUAGUGCUGUCCUAUUUUACUCAUAUAUGGGUAGAUAUGGUAAUGCAGUGUGCAACCCUUUCCGCUGACAUUUGUAAUACCAGAAUUCAAGAUAGGAUGGGGGUCUGUUCAACUUCUUUGCAUCUUGCUAGAGGGACCUGGAUGCCAGCAGAUGGUGUUGGUGCAAUGAUUCAAGCUUGCAUGAAGUUGAUUCACACUCUGUUGAAAGAAGGGAGACGUACAGGAACAGUUCCAGAGUCUGCACCUUUUCUGGACCUAAUUAACAGACACCUGCGUGGUGUGUCUGCUAGAGGGUGGAAUCUUCCCAAAUCAGAAUAUGAGAAUCUUAAGAAAUGCUUACUCAAGCUUGUAAAAGCAAUAUCGGAAAAGCCUGAAGUUUCAAACGUUCUGCCAUGUGCUCCGCCAACACCACCGUCGGAUCCUUCGGAAAAUGUCAUUUCCUACCCAAAUGCAACAACGACCCCACCUCUGCAGCAACUACAAAACAAAGAUGCAGCAGUUGGUCCAGGUGGUCCUGUAGGUACAAUAAAAUCUAUUAAGGAUGAACCAUUGUGGGAUCAGGAGGAAUGUCAAAGUUUCUGUGAUGGUCAUGAACAAAUAAUUAAGGCAAAGAAAGAACCUUGCAACCCAAUACCAAUUUCAGAAUUGAGACCUCCUCUUGAGGUGGCUCGUAUGAAACCAGACUUGGGGAAAAUGCAAGAAAUCAAAUCUUUAUUGAAGGAUCAGAAUCUUUCCAAGAUACAAGCCAUUGCUAAGGGAAGAUUUGAAACCAAGGGCGAACAAGGUACAUGCACUGGCUUGAAAGAGACUGGAAAUGCAUCAUGUGUAAGCCCUCAGCCUUCAACCUCACAAUCUAAGAUCCUAGACUCUGCCAAGCUUGGCAAGAUCUGGAACGAUGAAGAUGAUGAGUCCCUUGAUGUCCAAAGGCGUUGUCUAAAAAGAUCCCUCAAGUCCACUGAUGAGGAUUCAACUGAUGUUAGACAGGUUUCAAUGCAGUUGCCUCGCAGUGCAAAAGGGGUCCAUGAGACUAACAUAAUCACCAUUUCAGUUGAUGUUUCUUCAAGUGAUGAAAAGCUGUUGGAAAACAAGGUAACCGGUAAUCCCUCUUUGGACAUGGAAUCUAGUAAGAGCCCAGGCCGUGAUUUUGAUGAGUUGAGUGAAUCACAAGUAUUUGAAUUUGAAACCCAAGAUUAUGUGGGAUCUGCCUGGAAUGAGCCAUGUGUUGACAUCCCAGUGGUGACCAAAAAGCAGAAACUUGGGAAUGAUUCCAAAGCAUGCAUUAGUCAUGACGCUCUGGAGCCCUUGGGGACUCAGCCUGUCUCAGAUAAAGACAUUGACAAAGUCUGUCUGCAAGUGGAGGCACAAAUCCAUAAACAGCAACAGCCACAGGAACCAAUUGUACCAACCAUGCAAGUACCGUCCAAAGAAAGUUCCAAUGAGAAAUGUGAUUUUAUACAGUCCAAACAUUCCAAAAGUCCCCCUGAAAAAGUUGACCUGAUUGACAAAGGCAAGCAAUGGCUGAGCAGAAAGCCUCCUGUUAUUGAAGCCCCGAGUCAGAAAAUCAAGACUCAUCGCAGAUCACAUCACGGUAUAUCUCCAGACCCCGUGAAACCAUGUUCUUCCACAAUGCUGGCUUCAUCCUCUGUUGCACGUACAGCCACCCCAGCUAUCGUUCCACCAAAAAAGGUUCGCAAACGUGUUGAACCAGAAUCUGUAGCAGAGCUUCUGGGGUUAAAAAAAAAGAAAAGGAAAGCUUUUGAGUUGUCACAAUGUUCCUUGGUGGCCUUGGAUGAACUUCGAUCACAUGGCAAGAACGUACAUGUUGAGCCAGAACAGAAGUCAAAGAGAGUUCAUCAACAAAAGGGUGGCGUAAAGAAAGGGAAGAAGUUCCUUCCAUCGCAAGAUCGGCAAUACUUUAGACAGAGCCGUGGGAUGGUCCAGAAGGCAAGGCCAGCCACUGCUGUUGCUGCCAAAUCAAACAAAUACCCUGUAUCAGAUACCCUACCCAAAUCAAAACCUACAAGUGAAAUUGUGGAGGAGCCAAGUGACGAAGAGGAGGAUGAUUUCCUUCCCUGCUCUCAGCCUGAUCCUGAACGAAGGGUGGACAGUAAAAUGGAUACCGGUCAAGUCAUUACUAGUUUGUCAGAUGACUCCAAAAAAGCAAUAAAUGAUUGUGUUGAGAGCAUUAAAAGUAGAGAGUUCAGUUCCCUUCAAAACAAUGACGGUGGCAGUGGUUCCAUGGCAGAAGGUGCAGAAUCCAGGAGUGAAAGUUGUGGUGGUAGUGAUGAUGAAUGGACAUGCCUUACACAAAAUGAGCCGACGGACAUGGAGCUAUGCUCUCAAGUGGAGCAAAUGGAAGCCGAGUAUGGUGAGCACUUGAUAGAUACUGGCUGUGUGCCCAUGGACAAUGGCUCUGGCAACCAAGCAAAUGUUUCUGAAGGAGAAAUGAAUGUGCAACUUAAGCCAUUAUCUGGAAACGCACCUCAGAAAUCGCUUCUUGAUGCUUCCAGCGAGACCUCUUCAGAUGACCAUUUGUUCUCGAAACCUAGCAUGCCCACUGAGCAUCAGAAAAAAGCAAAGCCUCCUACAACAAAAAUUUAUACAUCGAGUUCCCGCAGUGCCUCUUUGGCCAAAGAGAUGGGAAAAAUAGCCAACCCUGUACUGGCUGCUAAUGUUGCUAAGGUUAAGGUUGCACGACCACCACCAGUAAUGCUACCACCACCGGCAAUGCUGCCGCCGCCACCUCCCAAAUCCACACCACAACACGAAUUUUGCCAACCUUUCCCACCCAGACCCACACUGCACUCUCCAAAUCAGGCUUCAACAUCACCUUUUAAUGUAACCCCUGCUCCCCAUGUACCUUCCUAUAAGACCUAUCCCAGACCAGAAACACCUGUAUCAGUGCAAACGCCAACAAUGGGUCAACAUCAAAGAGCUGAAUCUGAGAAGUUUGAGGAACCUUACUUGAUACAGGCUAUUUUAAAGUGGGAGUACUGCAUGUUUGACAACUACAAAAUGUUUGGGAUACCUCGACACUUGUGUCCAUUUCCCCUUAAGGAAGUACCAGUGAAGUUCUCUAACUAUCAGGAGUACUUCAACAUCUUAUACCCACUCCUCCUCAUUAAUACAUUCGAGGAGAUGGUCAGUGAAUGGCUUAAAGGUGGCAGAAUGAGACUUGACCUCAAGGUCCAGGGAAUUGAAUACAGCAAACGCAUGGCCAAGGCCAGAUUCACAGUAAACCUUAAGACUGAGCAGAUGAAGCAGUCGUAUCCUAAAGAUGAAGACCUUGUGCUCCUCUGGCUGCCGGAGAACACUGGUGCAUAUGCUCAUGAUGAACCAGUUGUUCCUGAGACGAGUAUCCACUUUGGAUUUGUGUCACGAUCCACUGUGUCAAAUAUUAGAGGAGGGCAGUGGUCUAUAUUGGAUCUUUCCAUUCAGACGUAUGGGAAUGUGUCCUCUGUUAACACCCAGCUUGUACGCUGCGAACGGAUCGGCUCCCUUAUCAGUACAUUGCGGGAAUUCAGAGCGCUGUGUUUGUUACGAAAUAGCAAGAUGGCACCUCCCGUUCUCAAUCCAGACAUCAAGUACUUUGCACCCUGCCAGGAUGGCUUUCCAAACCUAGAUAUGCCUGAAUAUAACGGGGACCAGGCCAAAGCAAUCAGCUGUGGUGUUGCAGUGGUGAAAAGGAAGGAGAAGACCCCACAGAUGAUGUUAAUCCGCGGACCACCAGGGACCGGGAAGAGCAAAGUCAUAGUUGGCAUUCUGCGCAGACUUCUUGCUCCUGGUCAGAGUCCUUCUGUGAAUCGCUAUGGCAAGUCUUGCAGAACGAGAAUUCUGCUCUGCGCCCCAUCGAAUGCCGCCAUUGACAGCUUGAUGAGGAAAGUCAUUAGUGACUUCAAAGCAAAUUGCUUGAACAUCCAUUCUCCACAAGGAACCUGUGGUGACAUUAACCUGGUGCGACUUGGGAGUGACAAGACUAUUUCUAACGACCUAAAACUCUUCAGCCUUGACAACCAGGUCAAGAAAGACUUGGAGAAAGGGCAGCAAAAGAAUGGUCAGCAAAAGAAUGGUCUGGAUAUUCAGAAGCGGAAGGAGGAAUUGGACAUGAUUAUUGACUCACUUUCUGAACAGUGUGGCAGGAAAGGCAAAAAAUGGCCCAUGUUUGACGAGCUGAAUACCAAAAAGCUGUCUUAUUUAAAGGAAAGGGAAAAACUCAGCAGAAACUUUAAAGAGAUUGAUGAUAAAAGGCAUGAUGUCCAGUCACGUCUCUUGCUUAACGCUCAUGUGAUCUGCUGCACGCUCAGCACAAGUGGUGGUACCCUCCUUAAAUUUGCCUUUCGUCAUCUUGGACAUGAACCAUUUGAUUGUGUUAUUAUCGAUGAGGCGGGACAAGCUAAAGAAACAGAAACGUUGAUCCCUUUGCUUUAUCGAUGCCAAACCCUCAUCCUGGUGGGUGACCCUGAGCAACUCCCACCCACGGUCAUAUCCCAGAAAGCUAAAGAGCUGGGCUAUGACCAGUCACUGAUGGCUCGGGUUUGCAAGCGCCUUUGCACAUCUUUCACACGUCCGUCUCCCAGCAUCUUCCUCAGUUUCCAGUACCGCAUGCACCCAUAUAUUUGCGAGUUCCCAUCCAAGUACAUCUACGGCAGGAACUUAAAAAACGACAGUGAGACUGCGCAGAGGCUGUGUUCGUCCUCCUGGCCGUUUGAACCCUACAGAGUGUUUGAUGUAACUGAUGGAAAAGAGAACCGAGAGGGAGAUUCAUUUAGUAACCUGAAGGAGGUCAAGCUGGCAGUGCUGCUUGUUAAGCUGCUUUGGGAAAAGCAGGCCACGCGCAAGGAAAAACAGCAAAUACGUGUUGGGAUCAUCACUCCAUAUAACGCCCAGAAAAAAACCAUCCAGCAGACCCUUGAGAAGGAACUAGACAAUGAAUCAUUGAAAAAAUGCAUACACCUGGAGGUGGACACUGUGGAUGGGUUCCAGGGCCGUGAAAUUGACUGCACCAUUGUGUCUUGUGUAAGAGCCAGUCACGAAAAUGGUUCUAUCGGAUUUGUUGGUAAUCGCCAGAGGAUGAAUGUUACCAUAACAAGAGCCAAAUCCAGUUUGUUUAUCCUGGGACAUCUCUGCACACUCAAGGAGCAAAGCGAUUGGGGUGCACUAAUAAAGGACGCAGAGGAACGUGGCUUCAUUCUAACGGCAUCCGAGUCCAAAUUUCACGAGGUCACCAAGAAGGUCCUGAAACCGAUUCGAUAUCCUCAUGGUCACCUGGAAUCCUCCAACCGCAUCCCCAUUCUUGGCCAUUCUGAUCGACACCGAGACCAUAGAAUGCAUCCCAGACCUUCAGACCGACGUCCGCCAGAGGCUUAUCAUGCAAGCAGAGAGCAGGACAGCGGGAACCAAAACUUCACUCGCUCAAUGCCACCCAGUCGCCGUGCUUCAGAUCCUCGGCUUCACCAAAGCGCCACACGUUCCUUUCGUUCCCUUUCAGGACAUUACGAACGUCACACUACUUCUUCCUCAUCAAAUUCACACAGAAAAUAAUAUUUGCAUUUAUUUUUGCAGGACUUUGCACCUCUUUUGCUUAAAUGACUGUCGACAUGUCACGGUAGCUCUGACUAAACGUGUUUCUACCAUAAAACUUGUUCAACCUGGCAAUCCUAGAAGAUCGCUAGCUGAAGUGGUCAUGUAAAAUAAUGGCACUUUGUGACAGACUUCGAUUAAAUACCAAAUUAACAUUGUACCCCAAUAUAUGGUAAUCGGCUUUAUUUUAGCGAUUUGUCUUCAUGUACAUAAGUGAUAAAACUGAACAGUCUUUUUCUUUCAAUGCAAAAUUUUUGCAUUUAUGCUAAAAAAAAAACAAAACACACAACUAAAAUGGGCAGUAAGUCUCAAACAAAACAGACAUGCACUUCUAAUUAACCUUUUUCCUGACUUGUAUAGCUCAAUGUCGAUUCUAUCUGCAUAAAAAAAAAAAAAAGUUGUAAAAGCUUAAAUACAUUUUACUGCUGAUAGUUUUUGGUUACAAAGCCGACACACGGGAGCAGUCUGUUUCUUUUAUUUCAUUUUUAAUGUUUUCAGAGCAAUGUAAUGCUAACUGCGAUGAAGCUGUGCUCUAGGAGAAGAUUUGGGAGAUCUUUUAUUUUUAAAAUUGAGAGAAUAAAGGACUCAGCUGUGUCUAAAAAUGGCUCUGAAAUUGUAAAUCAGGAAUAUUAUGUUUUGGAGUUCUGACACUGCAAUUAUUUUUUAUUUUGUAAAUGUUUUAAGAAUUGUACAUUUUGUAAUACAAGUUUUGUAUGGAAGCUUGUUUCCUUUUUCUUUUCCUUCUGGAGCAAAUAUCUGGAAUGUUUGCUCAAUCCCAAACUGCGGACUAGCACACGGAAUUGCAUGGCCAAGUAACUGAAAGCAGCCAGCAUUGCUCUACAUAUCUAUUCCCCCUCAGUAGAUAUGGAUGCUAAAUUUGUAUUACUGUAAUUAAACAUUAAUAAAUCAACUCUAAGAAAGUGGCCUGAAAAGUGCAGGUAUUAAU